AUGCUUUCUUUCAGCAAUUCGUGGCAGGUUCUGGGACCAUUUCAGAUUGGAACGAGGGAAGCUACAUGGGGAGCGGAUCCACUUGAGUACGUUGGCGGCUUCAGAAGUCUACAAUAUGAUCCAGAUGCAACAUUUCGGAGCUCUAUACCCACCAAUGGCACUGCAAAAUGGAACAUCACGAACGCUGUGCAAACUUCAAGCAGUCAGUCCUCUGCAAAUGCUUCCUUGAGCAUUAGCUAUUCUGAUGUUGACUGGGACUUCUUGAAAACCAUAUACGGAUGGGCUGCUAGCCAGUACCAGGCAUGGGCUCGUGGGGAACUCAUAGUCAGCGGUAACAAGACACAGCGUAUUUUACUCAAUACAGAUGCCGUACUUGAGUAUUGGGUGGAUGGCCUUCACUACUAUGGAGGCGACUUUUACACAUAUCGUAAAGCACCACCGGUUCUUCACCUCACACCUGGGUCCCACAAGAUUGAUCUCCGGCUUGUGAGGGAUACCCGGGCUUUUGGCGGCAUUUUGGAGCCGACAAUUGACGUUGUGAUAGACGUCCAACAGGUAUCUGGGACGCUGGAAUUGGCGAAAUCUGGCAUUCUCAUGUCAGACGUUGUCGAUGGCAAGCUUGCAACACCCUUUGGCUCGAUUUAUCUGAGGAAUAGCGGCGAAGAGGACAUUGAAGUCAUCGAUAUCCACUCUUCGGGUACGGAGUCCGCUUGGCCUCUCCAACGACCAGACUCAGACCAUCAAUUGCUCGUCGCUCGGCGUUCUCUUGUUGAGCACAAAAAUGGCAUGUCCGUUAUGAUAGUUGGUGGUCAGACAAGACCGGUGGCCUUCAAUGUCUCUCUUGCUUCUCACAAUGCAUCUUCGGUAUCGUACACCGUUACUUACAAGAUUCUCGACAGCACUCAUCACUCUACACUACAAGUCACCCAAGAGCUGAAUCAUGUCUCUAUAUUUCAACCACACAAAAUCACUUUCUUUCAUCCCGGCGGCAUGCUAUCUUACGCUAUGCUUCAGCCUCCCGCAAAGAAUGUGACAUGUCAUACCGGGCAGUCAAAACUCCCCGUGCUUUUGGACCUGCAUGGUGCUGGUGUAGAAGCAGACGAUCCCGAGCUCACUGGCGCCUUGGAUUCGGUGCGGGAUCUUUGCGCUUGGGUUCUAUUUCCUACAGGCGUCACCCUGUGGUCAGGGGACGAUUGGCAUAACUGGGGCCUUGCGGAUGUUGAAGCUGCCAUCGGCGCCAUUCCCGCAUGGAUUCAGAAUGUCGGUUGGAGCGGGCUAGGCGUUGAUACCAAUCGAUGGAUUGUAUCAGGGCACUCGAAUGGCGGCCAGGGAGCGUGGUUCGCUCUCACGCAUCAUCCAGAUUCAGUACUUGCAGCCGCUCCAGUGUCAGGGUAUGCCUCCAUCCAGAAGUAUGUUCCGUACGAACUAUGGCAGCCUGCAGAUCCAAGGCGUACAGCGGUAAUCAGUGCCUCACUCAAUAGCUAUCGCCAUGAGAUGCUUAUGGCUAACGCUCGUGGUAUUCCUAUUCAACAACAGCACGGAGGAAUCGAUGACAACGUUCCGACGUACCAUUCUCGCUUACUCGCACAGCAGUUGUAUCUUGCUGGCACCAACUCGAAUUACAACGAAGUUCCGGAGAAAAAUCAUUGGUGGGACGGAAUCAUGGCCACCCCGUCGCUUGUGGACUUUUAUCAUGAGCAAACAAGAAACCAGGAGAGCCUGCCUCGGAAGCUUCAUGAGUUUACCAUUGUAGUUGGUGAUCCAGGAGACAUGGGAAGUAAGAGCGGCGUUAGAGUCACGCAUUUGGAAGACCCGGGACAGUAUGGAAGAGUCAACGUGAAAGGUCAUGAUAUCAAGACAUCGAACGUUCAGGGCCUAGAGUUUGAUCUGGAUGUGUGGAGAGACUCUGCUGAUGGUUCGUACGAACUGUCAGUGACAGUCGAUGGGCAGGAAUUGCAGUUUUCACAGCCAGAUAAGGUACCUUCAAUAACCGCCUUCGCAGUAGAUGGAACCUGGGCCUUCGGACCCUUUGAGGUUGGAGCGGCGAUACCUCAGAGACGUGGUCGGCAACUGGGAUCCAUGACUGCCAUCCUCCGCACUAAUGGACCGUUCAUCAUCCAACAUACAGGAGCUGGCAACAUGUCUCACGUCGCACUUCAGAUAUCUCGCAAUCUGCACCAGUAUUUCCAGGCCGACACCAUAAUCGUCUCCCCUGCUUCACACGACAUCCCUUCUAAUACUACUGGAAAUGUGAUAACCCUCGUUGUUUGCUCCGGUGUGAAAGGCUCUCUACCCACCUUCCCUGUACAAGUGUCUAAGAACGGUGUCUCUAUCCGUGACUAUAAGGGUCGCAAUCAGCAGUACAACAAGGAGGCUACGGGUGCAGCUUUCUUGCAGCCGCUGGACGGCGAGAGACUCGAGCUUGUCUUGUGGGGCGCGAAUGAGGAAGGUCUACAGCAGGCUGCGAGACUGGUACCAAUGUUGACGGGCGUGGGACAGCCGGAUUUUGUGGUGUUGGGGGAGAGUGCGAAGUGGAAGGGUGUUGAAGGUGUUUUGGCUAUGGGCUUCUUUGACUCUGCCUGGGAGGUGACUGCGUCGAGUGUAUUGUCAUGA